GAAUUAAGUAACGAAUCUUCUUCCAUUCCUUCUUUUUUCCUCUGUAAAACCCCAUUUUCCCUCUUCCCCUUUAGGCUUCUCUAAAGCCAAAACCAGUCCAUUUCCUCGCCCCCUCUCAUUUUCUACUUCUUCUUUCUUGAUUUCUUCUUUAUCAGAAGAUUCUGAUUCUAAAAAGACUGAGACCCAUCAGAGAUUGGAGCAGUUAAAAAGAGGGGAAAAUGUCAAAAUCUGGAUUGCAAAUCCACAGGGACUGUAUAUUCACAGCAUUGAUUUUAUUGUAUUCGACGAUUUUCCCCAAUGGGGAAAGUGUUGGAGUGAACUGGGGAACUAUGGCGACUCACCAGCUCCCGCCAGAGAAAGUGGUUAAAAUGCUGCAAGAAAAUGGGUUUCGUAAACUGAAGCUUUUUGAAGCUGAGGAUAGGAUUUUGGAAGCCCUAAUUGGAAGUGAUAUAGAGGUUAUGUUGGCCAUUCCCAAUUCAAUGUUGCAGAUUAUGAGUGAAGAUCCUGAGGCUGCAGCUUCUUGGGUGGAUUCCAAUGUCACCACUUACUCUUAUCAUGGUGGUGUGAAUAUCAAGUAUGUUGCUGUAGGCAAUGAGCCCUUCCUUAAGUCCUACAAUGGCACCUAUCUUCAGUUCACACUGCCAGCCCUGAGGAAUAUCCAGCAAGCCUUAAAUGAUGCAGGGCUUGGAUCAAAGGUCAAAGCUACUAUUCCUUUCAAUGCUGAUAUUUACAACUCCCCGGACUCAAACCCGGUUCCAUCUGCAGGCGAAUUCCGCUCCGACGUCCGAGACUUGACGAUCGAGAUCCUACAUUUCCUAUCCACAAACAAUGCACCUUUCACUGUCAAUAUCUACCCCUUCCUUUCCCUCUACAGCAACGACUACUUUCCGCUUGACUUUGCAUUCUUUGAUGGAACCUACAAGCCCAUCAGAGACGGAGAUCUAGCUUACACCAAUGUCUUCGAUGCAAAUUUCGACACCCUUGUUUCGGCACUAACCAAAGCAGGAUACCCUGAGAUGAAGAUCAUAGUCGGGGAAGUCGGGUGGCCAACUGAUGGCGACAAACAUGCCAACAUCCAAUAUGCGAAACGGUUCAACCAGGGAUUAUUGAGACACGCUCUAAGCGGAGAGGGAACCCCAGCAAGAGUAGGCAUUAUUGACAUCUAUCUCUUCAGCCUGAUUGAUGAAAAUGCCAAAAGCAUAGAACCAGGGAGCUUUGAGAGGCAUUGGGGGCUAUUCGAGUUUGACGGUAAGCCGAAAUACGAACUAGAUCUCUCAGGAACAGAGCAAGAAAAGGGGUUAGUAGCAGUAGAAGGAGUGAGGUAUAUGGUUAAAAGAUGGUGUGUUUUGAACCCAAAUUUGAAUGAUUGGGAAGGAUUGGCUGAUAAUGUAGAUUAUGCUUGUAGUCUAUCAGAUUGCACUGCAUUGGAAUAUGGUUCUUCUUGCAAUCAACUAACUGCCCAAGGGAAUGCUUCUUAUGCCUUUAAUAUGUACUAUCAAGUGAACAGCCAGAAGAGUUGGAACUGUGAUUUUUCUGGUUUGGCUGUGGUGACUGAAGAGGAUCCUUCUUAUGGGAACUGCCAGUUCCCAGUUAUGAUUGAUUAUACUUCUUCUUCUUCUUCUCCAUUUCUGGUAGAUGAAAGAUUUCUAGAUCUUUUGGUUGCUGUUAUAAUGGGAUUGCUGGUUUCUUUUUUUGUUUCUGGAAUGAUUUGAGAAUGAUUUUUGUGACUUUUGGGAAAGAGGAGCAAUUGGUUAAAGACUCAAGUUGCUCAUCAAGUUUCUCAAUGUUUUGUGUACAUUGCAAUAUGGGGUAUUAUCCUCUUGGAUUAUGACAA